AUGGCUCGUGGACCGAAGAAGCAUCUUAAGCGUCUAGCGGCACCAAAGCAUUGGAUGCUUGACAAACUCGGAGGAGUUUUCGCUGUUCGACCAAGGAGUGGACCUCAUAAGCUUCGAGAAUGUUUGCCUCUCAACCUCUUCCUUCGCAAUCGUCUGAAGUACGCCUUGAACUAUUCCGAGGUGAAGAAGAUUAUGCGUCAGCGUGUUGUGAAGGUUGAUGGAAAGAUCCGCACCGACCACAAGUUCCCCGCCGGAUUUAUGGAUGUGAUUAGCAUUGAGCGAACCAACGAGACUUUCCGCCUUCUGUAUGACGUUAAAGGCCGUUAUACCGUGCACAGAAUCACAGCCGCAGAGGGUCAGUUCAAGCUCUGCAAAGUCAAGGCUCUUCAUGUAGCUAAAAAGAACAUUCCCUACAUCACUACCAAUGACGGACGCACCAUCAGAUAUCCUGACCCACAUAUCAAGGUUAACGACACUGUCGUCAUCGACCUGACUUCCAACAAGAUCACAGACUUCGUGAAGUUUGAAGCUGGAAACCUCGCAAUGGUCACUGGAGGACGUAACGUUGGUCGUGUUGGUGUGAUCGGGCAUCGUGAGAAGCUUCCUGGUGCAUUCGACAUCAUCCACAUGAAGGAUUCUGCUGGACACUCCUUCGCCACACGUGUGUCAAACGUGUUCGUUAUCGGCAAGGGCAACAAAGCUCUGGUAUCUCUGCCUGCUUCUAAGGGUAUCCGUCUUACCAUUGCAGAAGAAAGGGACAGACGAUUGGCUCAAAAGAAGGCUUGA